UUAAUUAAGUAUCGAAUUGAUAAAUAAGGAGUUGUUUUGUUUAUAAACAAAUUUAAACGAUUAAUUUCCAGGUUCCAGUUUUAAUUUAGUAGCGAUUCAUAGAGGGCGUAAAUGUAGCUAGAAGAUCGAUGUUUUUGAAUUUUGACCACGCUGCGGGAAGAAUUACCAAGCUGCAUUUGUGACGUAUUUAAUUAUUAUUAAGUAAAAUAUUCGGAAAAUGUCAAAAUUAGGUCCCUGGUGUGCUGUUUCUCAUUGCUAUAAUAGACGGGGAAAUCCUCCAGGCAUGCACUUCUUCCAUUUUCCAAGAGAUCCACAAAGAUGUCACUUAUGGAUAGAGAAAUGCCAACGGCAUGACUUGAAAGAUAAAGAAGUAGCAAAAAUUAGCAAUAAUUAUGUCUUGUGUGAGCAACAUUUUGCAAUGGAUGCAUUCGUAAAUCCAAAUCAUAUAAGAUUAAACGGAAAAGCUGUCCCUUCCAUCUUUGACACACAUGUCACUAUUGAUAAAAACAAGAAUGACUCGGAACAGACAGUUUUAAACAGAGACAGAGGGAUGGAAAUUAUUAUUCCUGAUGAAGAUAAUAAGUAUAGCCUCAGCCAUCAGUUAGGAUUUGAGAUUGGCAAAACUGUCCUUGAAGUUGAAUAUGACGAAUAUAACAGUUUUCACGUCGAAGAAGAUAUAUUGAACUGCAAGAUUAAAACUGAGCCGUCGUUCGGUCAUGAAGAAGAAGAAAUUAAAAUGUCUCCAAAUCACAUUUGUAAUACAGAAUAUUUAAAUAACAAAGAUUUGAGACAUAUACAAAAGGGUCUCCAAGAAAUUAACUCCACUAAUACACAAGUCAACUAUUUUAAUGAUUAUGAUUUUUCUCGGCAUAAUCAAAACGGAAAAGUAUUUUCACUUAAAGAAACUUGUAGAUCUAUAAAUUUCUAUUAUCGUCUGGCUGUCCUUUCUUAA